AUGGAUUUGGAGUCAUCAAUACAGCGUGAGGGGUUACCGCGUGAGGUGUUGGUGUGGCUACGAACUCUGCAACUCCCCCGUGUUGUGCGACACCCAAAGCGAGACUUCUCCAAUGGCUUUCUUGUGGCAGCUAUCUGCUCUCGUUACUGGAGCAGCGUCAGUAUGCACUCCUACGAGGACAGGAUGAGCGCCGCUCAGAAGCGCAGCAAUUGGGAGCUGCUGCAAAAACAGUUUGCGCUGAACAACUGCCCACUGAGUGAGCGCAUGAUCAAUGGGAUGAUUGCAUGCCGCGAGGAGUACGCCAAUUCCUUCCUUCGGCAGCUGUACGAACACCUCACCGGGCGGAUGAUUGUCGAGGCGGCACCACUGACGGCAGCGGAGGUGUCACAACCACGAACGUUCCUGCCGCAAUCUGUGCCGCCUGCGCCAUCAAGAAAAAUCAGCGUGGAUUUUGUCACCCCAUCCGCGGACACACCUAAAAGGACAACGUCACGUGUGAGGGAGCUUCGGUCAUCGAAUUUGAUGGCGCUGGCGAAGUCCGAGAGCAUCUCUUCCGUCCCAGUGGCGAAGAAUUAUGUCAUCCAUGCCAUCGCCGGCGAACAAAUGAGCGAUGACAAGAAUGCCGAUGACGCAGAGGAGGAGAAGGAAGAAAAAGGCGGCAGCGACAGCGACGGUGAAAAGAAAAAGCAGCGUGGGGAACAAAAGAUGGAGUUUUUUGUGUCGUUGCGCCCCGCGGAAGUGCAACAGACAGUGGUCCGUGCCGUACCCCAAGGCAGUGGGCAAAACGCAACACGGGACGAAAAGAAACGGCAGCAGCGGCAGCAGCAAAAACAACAACAACAACAACAACAACAAUCUGAUGAAAUGCAGUCUGGCACGUGUGAUGCUACGGCGUUGGAGACCAUCGAGUCAAUUGUACGGAAGCAGGCGGCUGGACAGGGGUGGAUAUGUGUACGCGAUGAACCCACCGCCUUUACGAAUUACUUCCUAUUUGAAGAGAACAACUUGGGGGCAUUGCUGCAUUGUCGCCUGUGGAGUACUUUGCUUGGGAGUGUCAGUGAUUUGGCAGAUCGCAUCUUACGUCACGGUGGCUUUAUGGCCGACAUCGCCGCCCUCUUCCUGCAACGACCACUUCCAGAAGAAACAAUUAAUCAACAGCGACAUCAACUGCAGGUGGAUAAUGGUUCCACCACACCGAAAUUGUGGAAGAAAAUGGCAUCCCCGCGAGGAAAUUCAGGGUCUAAGCGGUUUGUGUUUCUCGCAUCUCUGCUCUCAAGUAUUUCCGAUGUUGAUAAAUUUCUUGCUGUGUCGAUGUAUUACGAUGACAUUUUGCCCCAUUCCGCGGAGGCAAUGCGUGCACUUGACCGCGUCACUGCCGAUGAAUACGCCUCACUGCUUUGUGCCGCCUUACCCUCCGAUCGAAAGGCCGCCGCCCGACUGCUACCGGACAUGCUCCUAGCAACCGACAAUUUUAUUACAGUGUCCAACACCUUCGAGGCAAAACGCAGUUAUUAUCUUUUUCUGCGUGCGGUUCUUUUACGAUUAUCACGUAAUGAGCGUUGCGGUUCGUUGCGAAACAAACGAUAUUCUUGUAGCACGGCCACGACGACAACGACAACAACAACAACGGCUCAUGAUCCACUUCUAUUAGCUGCCUUUGAAAUUAUUGGGCACAAUUGUGUGUCUGCCCUCACUCAUGAAUCUUCAACGGUGCGACUUGUGGGGGUUUAUCUUGCAGAGGCACUUGCAUUUGCAGGUUGCUCUACUGUAUCUUUGUUUAUGGAUAUUUUGCCGUUUCUAAGUGCAUGCAUGAAACUUGCUUCACCGCUGUUUAAGUGUGUCUGUGCGGCGUGGAUGCGAACAGCCAUGAAACGUCUUUGCAAUCCUUUUGGAGAAGAGAAACGUGAAACAGAAGUUAGAGAGGUGUAUGACGAGGAGGUGAGCGCAUAUGCGGGACCUUAUCUAUCGGCUAUUAUGCAAAAUCUCUAUGAUGUAUUGGUGACACCAGGGCGGUUGAAAGUAAGGACAUACAUCGCGGAACAACUGGCAUUGUGUCUUCAUGACAUUCCUGAUGUGGAGGAUAUGCGACGAUUAUUUAACCCGGAGAAAUUGGCAGUAGCCAUUUUUUCCGUCUUUCAAACUGCCCCACCUGAGCUUGUGGCAAGAUUUAUCAAACCACCAUCGUCUGCGGACGGAAGAGUGAGUGCCGGGGGAGAAUAUAAUGGGCAGAUGUCGUCAGGGGGCGUAAGCUGCCCACUGCUUGGUCCAUUGCUUGUUGACGGAUCAUUAAUUGACUGUUAUCCAUUGGCGCUAGCUGAGGCGAUUCUGACGGUGUUUCCACUGGAAUCGGGCGGCCCAAAAUCAACUCCGACGCGUGAAACGGCCGCCUCUUUUCCCAUGGGCCAUCGGGGGGCUAACAGCCCCGAUGGAAUGGCGAUGACAUCGCGGCAGAUCAUGACGAAGGCGAACUUGAUGCUGCGGGAGCGUAUGGUGCCGGUGGAUGUUGCACAACGCGUGACGUGGAUGUACAAACUCAUUGUCGCCAGCAGGAGCGGUUGCGGGUUCCCAAAGAGGCCCGCAUCUCUCAACGAGACGGCCGCGACGAAGCGGUGGAAUGCCGUCAUGCGACAGAUGUACCGUGACAUAGCCGUUUUGUCCGCCGCGGCGGAGAUGCUCUGCACGCAAAAGGGGGCUCUUACCGACAAUGCUACAAACGCCAUUGCACAAAUGGCGGGAAUGGCGCAGCAGAUCGUUUUGCGGUGGCACACGGAACUCAAAAACGACGGCGCACCGCCGCCGAGGCCUUUAGUCUCAAGUCCAGUCACCUCUUCCGAGCGGAUGCUGCUGGCGAUGGAGUGGUACCACAAUUCAUUUGGCGCAAUGACACCAAAGGAACAGCAAAAACAGCAGCAGCAGCAGCUGAACCGUGUCCCCGCUGCGCCCUCUCGUAAUUAA